CUGUAGAAAAAAAAUAAAUUUUAUGUUGUCGGAGCUCGUUUGACAUAAAAACUUUUCCUAAAUGUAACAAAAACAUGUUUACUAACAUAGAGUAAGGAGGUAAAUUGAAAAUAAAAGUGAGUAUGAUUUGAGGCUCAGCAGUCGAAGCCAGCACUUGAACGCAGCAUUAGGAGGAUGGGCGGUAGCUCGUUGGCUUGGGUACAGCCCACUGAGGAGCUGCAGAGAGCGGAGCACACAGUGCCGCCAGGUGCGGUGUCUUUUUACCUCUCAACAUUGCGGCCCGUUGAGUGUCGAAUACGAAAAUAGCGUGAAAAAUAGAAACUCUUAAAGCCCAGCAGCCAUGGCGGCUGAAACCAACAAAGUCGAGCCCGCGGACAGCGAACAGGACGAAGAAGAAGAUGUGUACGAAGUGGAAAGGAUCAUAGACAUGCGAGUGGAAGAGGGUGAAGUGCUUUAUAGAGUGCGUUGGAAGAAUUACUGCUCUGACGACGACACCUGGGAGCCAGAGGCUCACCUGGAGGAUUGUCGGGAGGUCCUCCUGACUUUCAAGAAGCAUUUAACUGAAGCGAAAGCCAAGAAAGAAUCGGAGGUAAAGAAGAGUGUGAAACCGCUGCCGUCCAAGAGUGAGCUGUUCGAUGCAGACUCAGAGAGCGACAGUGACAAAGACCGUCCCACUGAUGCGCCCAUCAAGAAGAAGAAGAAAAAGAAGAAGAUUCAAGACGAGGACGAAGAAACCCAGUUGAAGGAGAAAAAGAAGAAGAAAAAAGACAAACGUAGAGAGGAACUUAAACCUCUUCCUGCACCAGACACAGAUGAUGAAGAGGAGAGCGUGCUGACCCCGCCUGCUUUUACGAAGGAGAAAAAGACUGUAUUAAAGAAGCGGGUUGCAGACUCUGACGAGGAGGACGAGUCUCUUCCCUUUAAAAAGCACAAGAAGGACAAAGAAAAGGGCGAAGGAAAGCAAAAGAGGGAGAAAUUAGAGGAAGGGAAGAAAAAGAAAGGAAAGAAGGAAAGAAAAAUUGAAACGUCUGAAGAUGAGAUCACUGCUCCAUUAGCAGAUGAUCUUAGUGAAGGCCCUUCAGAGUCACAACUAGAGGAACCGGCAUCGACAGAAACUUCAACAAAAGCAUUUGACAAGACUGCUGCAGAGGAAAAGUCCAAAUUAAAGAAGGGUAAGUGUGAAGUUAGGCUUCAGGGCAUCAAAGAUUUUGUUCAAGACAGGAAGAAUAAAAAGCCAGAGAGCACCCUAAAGGAAGGCACCCUCCAAAAAAUCAAAAACCUCACUUCUAAAAGCAAAGAUGAUAAUGCGCCGCAGUCAGACUCCAGCGAUGGCUCCACCCUACAUAAGAAGUCCAAAAGCAAAGGGAGCGAGAGCUCCUCCAUUCAGCCAAAAGUCCCUUCUUCCUCAACAUCCUCCUCCUCCUCCUCGUCCUCGGUCACCGCUGCAGCCACCCCCAAGACUAAAGAGGAGGAAACGAGCAAAGAGGACAUGCUGGGGCAGAAGGAUGCUAGUGGCUCAACUAACCUGUUUGAGAAGUUCCUGUUAAACUGUGAGGCAAAGGACCGAGCUCCCCGCAGGCCGCCGACCUCCAGCGCAGAGAAGAGCACCAGCAAACCCACAAAGUUGAUAGGAAAGAUUGAGAAGAAUCCCAAAGCAUCCAAAGAGCCUCUUUCUCAGAAAGCAGAGCCUGAGAAGACUGAAAGGACCAAGCAGUCAGAGGUUUCUAGACCUGGGCAGAGUUACGGCUUCAGCCUCGACAGUGAUGAGCGGGACGAAGAAUUUACUGGAAAAUCGCGGCCUGGAGACGAUUCCCGGGAGCGGAAAGAUAGGUCAGAAGAACCACAGCGUCCAGCCUGGGAGAAGAGAACCCCGGCUGAUGACAGGAGAAGGAGAGCAGAGGACAGUGAGCCCAGACUCUACUCAGCAUGUGAUGAAACUCAAGACCCAGCAGAAGGCACAGACAGAACGGACAAAAGUCAAGCCACUUUGAGUCUAGGAAUGGAUCUGAACCUAGACUGGAUGACUCUGGAUGACUUCCAGAAGCAUCUGAAUGGAGAAGAUGAGAUCUUGUCAGGUCCACCACUAUCACCAAGUGAGUUGCGAGAUGCUGUGAAAAGUGGCGACUACAUGGCUGUCAAGUUGGCGCUGAAUUCCAAAGAGGACUACAAUCUUGAGCAAGAGGAUUGUGCUAUUGGUGAGAGGAAGGCAUUUGAAGGAGAGAAGAGCUCGACUGAAGAGCAAGGCUCAAGUGACGCUCUGACAUUCACCUCUAACCUUGAUUGUGCAAGAAAAGAAGAUGUUGCUUCAGAAGCUAAAGAGAAUAUCUCACUAGAUUUAGGUGUCCCACAAAACAUUAACAGUAUGCCAAGCUGUUCUGAGCAAUCAAUGAAGAAGAGCAAUGAAAACAACCAAACUGGAAGCAAUGCAAAAUACAAAGCAGAGAACUUACCCAGCACACAUGAAAGCCAAGAAAAAAACGAUCCGAAAACUGUAGAAGAAAAAUCCUUUGGUGUUUUAUCAACCAAUAAGUGUUGGACCAAAGAGGACAAAGAGAUCAUAAGAAAAGAAGAUGAUGGACGAGAAGAGGACACGACAGACAAAGAAAUGUCUCCUGGUGCAGCCAAUAAAUUAGAUGAAAAAGCAGAACAUGUAAUUAUAGGUAAAUCAUGUGGCACAAACCAGGAAUUUUCCCAGUCAGGCAAAGAAGGGAUUAAAAAACCAUCACUUCGACCAAGAAAAACAAUGCAAAUCCAACAACCAACGAGAACAAGUCUAAGGACACGCAAAAAAGUUCUUUAUACAAAGCCUUCCAAAGCAAAAAAAGAAAAAGGUAGAUCAUGGAAAAAACAUGUUUGCUUGUAUUGCAAAAUGGCUUUUAAACAACUGGCAAAGCAUUUAGAACAGAAACAUUCAGAAGAAACUGAUGUUUCCAAUGCAAUACGCUUGCCCAAAGGUUCCAAAGUCAGACAAAAACUGCUUGAUCAAAUUCGGAACAAAGGGAAUUUUGAGCUGCCCCACGUUCUCGAAGAUGAUAAAGAAGAAAUUGUGCCCAAGAUGCAUCUGGAGAAACCCAUCUCAUCCGUCCGUGACUUUCUACCUUGCCAGUUUUGUUUUGCAUUGUAUCGCAAUACAGAUUUGUGGCGUCAUGAACGAUCAUGUAAGGUUUCAAAAGAAGUUAAAAGUUCUGAAAACUCAAAAACAACCAAGGAAAAAGAAUUUGCUUCUGGACUGCUUCCAGUGUCCGAUUUCUUAACUGAAACAUGCAAUGAAAUCAUCAACGUCAUGCACCAAGAUGAAAUCUCCAGACAUAUCAGAACAGACCCUCUAAUCUGUAAAUAUGGCAAUGCACUGUCUGUAAAAUAUGCUAAUGACAAGUCCCAGUUUUCUUAUAUUGCACAAAAGAUGAGAGAAUUGGGUAGAUUUGUGCUCGCUGUAAACGAACUUGAUAAGAGUGUUAAGUAUUUGCAUGAAGUAUGUCUACCAUCUAGGUUUGAAUUGGCUGUUGAAGGGGUCAAAAGGGUUGGUGGGUUUGACCCUAGUUCCAGUAAGUUCAAAACCAUUUCCCUUGUCACUAAGAUUGGCUACUCUUUAAAACGAGCGGCAGAAAUCGCUUUUGGAGAAAGUCGCAUGACAGAAGACCGCAAAACAGAAGAUGAAGUGAAAACAUUCAUACAGCUUCUUGAUACAAAAUGGAACGAGUCUUUUUCUCGUAAAGUAAUUAUACAGUCUGUGAAACAAGAAGUUAAGAAAGUGGAAAUUGAUAAAUCAACUGUUACAGAAGAUUUGGUGAAACUCCACAAAUUUAUUACCUCAGAACAGGAUUCAGCAACCAAAGACCUGAAAGAAAGUCCAAGCAUGUCAACUUGGAAAAAACUCUGUGAAGCCACUUUAGCUGAUGUGUGUCUCUUCAACAGGGGAAGGGUGGGAAACAUUGGGAGACUCCUCCUUCAGACAUAUGCUCAGAGAAAGAUCAAAGGCACAUUUAUACCCUCUGCAGAUCAAGUCAGAAAAAUCACUAAACUCGAAGAAGCACUUGGUUCCACUUUUACAAGACUAGAACUUGAAGGUCAAUAUGGAAGGAACAUGUUAGUUUUGCUAACGGACAGGAUGGCUUCAUCACUUGACUUACUUGUUGAAAGUAGAGAUCAAGCAGGUGUGUCAAAAACAAACCCAUACCUGUUUGCUAGGACUGAAGGUCCAUCCUUCAUUAGAGGAUUAGAUUGUUUUAGAAGGUCUGCCGUGGAGUGUGGCGUUAAAAACCCGGAAGCACUACUUUCAUCUUCAUUAAGGGACCAAGUUGCCACCUGCUGGCAGCUUAUGAGCCUCAGGGAAAGUGAAUUGGAUGACGUUUCAAAGAUUGUGGGAAGGAGCAGCCAAGAAUGUCACAUUCUUUCACAAAAUACAUCCCAGCUAGAGGAACUGAGUAAACUACUUCUGAAAAUGGAUCGAACACGACCAUCAAGUCCAGCAAAUACUACAAAAGAGGGCACAGGACGGAAACCUCUCAAAAGAAGACCUUGGAGUGAGAAGGAACAGGCUGCUGUAAAACAUUACUUGAGUGAAUUUAUCUCAAGUAUGAAAGUUCCAGGCAAAAAAGAAUGCAAUGCUUGCAUAGCUGCUGAACCAGAUCUUGAACAAAGAUCUUGGACUGAUGUCAAAAACUACAUCCACAACACACUACAAACACUACGGAGGAGAAAGAACCAACAAAAGCCUGACAAGACGGUAGAUGUUUCAAACCCAAAGAGUCCGAAAGCUGCUGUCCAAAACACCAACGAAGUGACAGAGGAAACAAGCAUCUUUACCAUGACAACAGUGAAUCCAGAUCAACUGAGUGAAAGUCCAAACUGUUGUAUAGCAGUUUCAUUGCCUAAUUUAAGAGAAUCACUACCAUUUUCCCAUGACAUGACCUCAAGUUAUUCAUCCAUGUGUUCCACCAAUAUUGACAUGUUACAUACAAAUCAGUCAUUGUUGUCGAGCUUCACUCCCCUGAAUUCAACUGAUAAUCAAGUGGUCCCUACAUUUACCCCACAUAACACCACUGAUUCCCUAAUGUCUGUUUACGCACCAGAGAAUGGUGGAAGUCUGUCAAUGUCUUCUUUAUACACACAGAACACAUCGUGUUUAUUACCACCACCUUUGUAUAGCCCACAUGACAUUACACAUUCACCAAUGAUUCCUUCUUUCACUACAUUUAAUCCCCCAAGUACUUCAAUGGUUCCUACAUACACAGACCUAAAUGUUUCAAGUGCAUCGAUGCCCAUCAAUAGCUUCUCAACUCUAAAUGACAGAUGUAGACCAUUUGUGUCUCCAUUUACAUCUCUGAACCAUUCAAACACCCCAGCUUAUCCCACAAACCCACACAGGACACCAACGGUUGCACAGGUUGUUCCGUCAAUUCAUACCCCUUGUGCUUCUGACAGUACACUAGUGGUCCAAGAAAACAAACAGAUGUGCUCCCCAGAAAGUCAAGUCAACCCAACUGUCAAGACUCAAAAGAGGAGCAAAAGGUUGUGGAACGAGGAUGAACAAGCAGCUGUGAAGCGACAACUUGGAGACUUUAGUAAACUUGUUAAAGUUCCAGGGAAGAAGGAUUGUGAUGCUUGUUUAGCGGCUGAACCAGCACUGAGCACCAGAACAUGGAGGGAGGUGAAAUAUUUCGUACAUAACUCAAUUCAGUCUUUGAAAAGGAGAGGUCAUGAUAUUGCAUCUAAACCAAGUACACCACAAGAACCAGACACUCAGAUAGAUACGGACUGGGAUGGCCCUGUAUAUCUGUCCCUGUAAACAUUGAGUGAAGAUUAACAGAACACUACUGGAAAAACAUUACAGUUUCAAAAAUAUUUGGAAAGACUCAAGAGGCCUGUGACUAGAGGUUCAAGAGAAACACAUUUGUACUGUUCCAAAGUGAACCCUGGAUUCUAAAUUGAUAUUUGUCUUAGAUACCAGCUUAGAUAUUAUUUUCUGACAGCUAUACUAGUCUCUAAAUAUACUGUUUAAAGUAUUCCAUCAUGUUGAAAUUCUGUUUUUCUACCCCCAUUAUUUAUAGUAUUCUUAUACAUUAUUACAGUUGGAAAAUAAACACAUUUAAUUUCUUUAAGUUUGUUCAGAUUAAGUAUUUUUACAUACAAAAGCAUUGGAUGCUUUCAGUUCAUUUGACCAUUUCAACCCAACUGUGUAAAGGUAUAUGAUCAAAUUAUAAAUGUGAAUCUCACUUCAUGUUGGCUAAGAUUUCUGGUCAUGAUAUUCUCAAGUCUGCUCUCACAAUGGUUUGAAGAAUUCAGUCUGAACUAGGCAUCACACUUCUAAACAGAAACACUACAUCUGUUUGGUGGAAGUUUUCCCCUCUUGUAACUAAACUGAACUUGCUGUAAUUCUGUACAAUAUCUACAAUUACAGUUUUUCCUUCUUUAAUAAUUACUGUAGCAUUUAUAGACGUUAAAGACAAAAACAAAUCUACCAGCGAACCUUUUUAUUUGAAAUGACUGGUGUUGUAUAAUUUCCAAAGGUUAAACCCAAGUAGCCUGUUAUACUUUUGAUUUGGCCAGUAACUUGUUUAUCUUGUAAGCUGCAGUGUUAAUGACCUAAUGUACUUUCUUUUGGAUGUAAAAAAAAUGUUUUUGUUUGUUUGUUUUUAAAUAUGGAUCCAGUUUGUCUGAUUUUAUUUUUAUAUUACCAAUCGUCUUGUAAGCACUACUGAGUAUCUGGAACACUUCAAUUUGUUGGAUUUGUUUGCAUACCAUGAAACCUGAGGGAUAUAUUCUGUGUCGUCAGUUUUGUUUUUAUUUAUUUAUCAAUAAUACUUAUUUAUAUUGUGCUCCUUUCAAAGCAUUAUGGCUGUAUUAGUAUCUGCUCAUCUGUCUUUCCACGUAUAUGACCUUAGGUUGCAUCUCAUUUGUUACCCAUAGGGAUUGAGGAAAUUGACCUUUCGUUAAACUCUUCUGAGGGCUUUCUAGACGUAAAGAUGUUUUAAUGACUAUGUUUGACCAUGGGAGUGGACGUUGGGUAAAUUACCUGGCCCAAACUCUUCAGUCUCAUUUAUGCCAAAGUUGUUAUAUCAUAUGAGGUGGUAGAAAUUAGCAAGUUACAGGCGUUGAUUUCUAAAUCCCUGUUAAAGAUUCAGACUGUUGCCUCUAUUGUAACAAAUGGCAGAUUUGCUAUUAUAGUAUUUCUUCUUUUUAUUUUUUGGAUAAUCUUAGGUUUUCUAUUUUUUUUACCAUGAAGUCUGCCCUGCGACAGACUGGCGACCUGUCCGGGGUAAACCCCGCCUUCGCCCAUCAGUAGGGUUAGGCUCCGGCACCCCUGCGACCCCGAAAGGGAAAAAGCGGACAAGAAGAUGAAUGAAUGAAUGAAGUAUUAGUCUUUUUAGUUUCAAGAUUCUUUUUGCCAGGUUUUGUUUUUACACUGGAUGUUUAGUGAGACCUGUAGAGAAUAUGGACUGUUACUCAGUAGGAUGUUUAACUUGUUAGCAUUGAGCCUUUUUGUAGUUCUUUUAAGAAUCGACAGCAAAGGAAAUAAUUUAAUUUAACUAGCUCUUUUCAUUUUAAACUGAAAUAUCUAACCAGUGUUUAUCCUGCAUCCAAGAAGUUAGUUUUGGAUGUUUGCAACAGACUUUCAAAUUAAGUUCUUUAAGACUGACUUUUUUUUUUUUUUUAAGUAUUUUUGCUUUUGUACUAUAAUUGAAAUGCCCCUGUUUCAAUGUGUUGCAAAGGUCAUCCUUUUUUUCUACAAGUAUUUUGCUACUUUGUGAGCACACAUUGAUGCUUAUUCUGUUUAAGAUCUGUUUCCUUCAAUAAAUGCAUAUUUUCAAGUAUUGUACGGAACCCAAACCUUUGCUUGUACAAUAAAUUACUACUUAACUUAC